AUGACUGACGCCUCCCAAUUCAUUUCUAAAAGAGCACAAUCUCGCAAAUCAAGUCAUUUUGCCAACGUGCCAACUGAGCAACCACCGGCUGGGUUCAAACCGCACUCCAAACCUUUAUUGUUAUCAUAUGGUACUCCAAAUGAUGGGUUUUUCCCCAUUGACUCGAUUGAUGUGAAUUUGGUCAAAUUCCCUUUUGAGCACCAAUCAAAGCAGGGCCAUGCUAAUGGGAGUGGUUCUACUUCAAAAGCCAACAAUGGCUACACAAAGGAAGAGGAAAAUUCAACUAGUGUUCACAUUUCGAGACACACCAAAACCCCUAAUUUGCUCGACUUGUCGAGGGGAUUGCAAUACGCCCCCGUUCCUGGUCUUGAACCGUUGUUGGAAUUCACCAAAGACUUUAUUGCGAAAACGCAUAAACCAGCUUACGACGACUGGGGCCUGAUUUUAUCUACAGGUGCUAGUGAUGGAUUGAAUAAAGCAUGUGAUGCAAUAUUGGACCCAGGCGAUGUCAUCCUCGUUGAGGAAUUCACCUUUACUCCAUUUCUUAAAUUUGUAAACAAUGUGGGCGGUGUGCCAGUGCCAGUCAAGAUUAAUUUGUCAAAUGAUUCAGAUGGUCUUGAUUUUGAACAUUUGGAAAACUUGUUGAAAAAUUGGUCCAAAGAACACCCUAGUUUACCAAAACCCAAAGCAUUGUACACAAUUUCCACCGGUCAAAAUCCAACUGGGUUUACUCAAACGGUUGAGUUUCGUCGCAAGGUUUACAAGUUGGCAGAAGAACACAAUUUUGUAAUCAUUGAGGAUGAUCCAUAUGGUUACUUGACAUUGCCAAAAUAUGACCCAUCUAGAUUUUCAAGCACAGACAAAGUAGACCCAGCAGAAUUGAAGAAUGAUUUAACCAUUGAGGAUUAUUUGUCCAAUCAUUUGACACCUUCCUACUUAGAGCUCGAUACUACUGGGCGUGUCAUUAGAGUUGAGACGUUUUCCAAAUUGUUCGCCCCUGGUUUGCGUCUUGGAUUCGUCAUUGGCCAUGCCAAAAUUAUCGAUGCUAUUAAGAAUUACGCCGAAGUCGCAAACAGAGGUGCAUCAGGCUUGUCUCAAACAGUGGUGAACAAUGUAAUCCAGGAUAAAUUGGGAGGUAUAGAUGGGUGGUUGAACUGGAUAUUGAAGAUGAGAGCGACAUAUUCACAUAGAAAGGAUCUCUUGUUACAAUCAAUUUACCAAUCAGAAGCUUUCAAAAAGGGAUUGGUGGACGUUAUCGACCCCAAAGCAGGAAUGUUUGUCACUUUUAAGGUGAAAUUUUUGGACCCUGCAGAAGGCAACAUCGGUGGUGAUGAAGUAGUUUCAGCAAUGAAACAAUUAUUGUGGAAAAUCAUUAGCCAUGGUGUAUUGGUUGUUCCUGGAUAUAAUAUGACAGUUGAUCAAAAUUUCAGCUUGGAAAGAAGUAACUUUUUUAGAUUGUGCUAUGCACCACUUGAUAAUGAUGACGAUAUCAUCGAGAGUGGAAGACGCUUGACCGAUGCUGUCUUGGAGUUUCACAACAACGGUAACAAAUUUUGA